AUGCAAAGCGCAACAAAUAUUGUUAUACUUGGUCCAAAGAUGGACUAUGAUCUCCCAAGAAGAAAAUAUGAGCAAGAGGAAAUUAUUGAGCAUUAUGUGAGCGAAUCUCGCUGUUUGUCGGGCAUUGGGGGAUCCCAUGGCCCUCUGAAGGAAAUUCUUAAAGAAACUAUUGAGCGACGCUACAAUGAAGAAAUACCCGCAUUUCAAGAUUUUUCGCACACAUCACAAAAUUCUUUACCGCGCGUUUCGUCGGCAUUUCACAGUGAUGACGAACAGAGGCAUCAACAGGAGAAAGGGACUGCAGUAGAGAUGCGUCUUUUAUGCAAACAUCAGCCAGAAUUUAAACUGAAAUUAGAGAUAUCCCAAGUUGUUACUGCAGCUCAUUUCAGCGUGAAUUUACGUAUUUCAUCGUUAAAAGAAAUAAGAAAUUGGCUAUCAUCAAGCAGUCAACCGCUUUCAUCUACUGUGCCCAAGACUUGCCUUAGACCCUCUGGUAAUUUGGAUAUGUCCCGAGCGAAUAUUGAUUCCUACGGAUAUGAUGUUCAUGAAGUUCACACGUCAGAAGGUGGCGCACGAAUAGUACAAACCCAUGGAACAGGUCUGAUUAAUGGAGAAGGAUCGAGAAUUCAACAAACAGAGCGAAGUCUAGACCAAGAACGAGUUCAUGGUUACGGAGGGGUUGAACAUCAUCGAACUACUUUGAUUCAGGAGCGAAGCGAAGAUUCACGUGCAGAAAUGACUCCGUCUGCGAUCAGGAAAGAAGUUGCUUUCCUGAAUUCUAGCAGAUCAACUGUUGGAAUUGGCAGUGAUCAGCGGCAAGCAGUUUAUACCUUGCCUUCACCUACAGCGAAUGAAAGGCAAAUUUCUCGACGCAUUGCUUCAGAUGUUGGUAUAACUCGAAAGAACAGUUAUAAAUGCAUGCAAAUAGGACAACAAGAUGAUUCAGCAGAAGUUUAUGCCCCUCGAUCAGAUGCUUCAUUAAUGGCUGGUUUUGCCGGGUCAUGUUUUCAAUCAUCCGAUCAAACACUUACUCCAAUGGGUCACAUAACGCAGUUCUGGAGGAAAAUUACUUCUCGAGUCAGAAAUACAACGUGGACGCCUCACUCAGUUUGUCUUCUUCUACUUUUUAUACUUCUGGUUACUCUGUUUUUCAUCUUACUUGGUAUUGUGCUGAACGCCUUGUUUGGGAGUUUCUCGACUGGCACUAUACUGCUCUAUCCACCUAUCUGCGAGGAGUGUCGUCAACGUGCUCCAAACGGUCAAUACAGACAGGCUCCUAGCGAACUUCACGUAAAUUUUCGUGGUUCUUCACAAGUUCGUUUCGAACUCAACGGUAAAGCGCCCUUCAGAAGCAGCUCACUUACUGUAAUCGACUUCAAAACAAAUUAUGUAGCAGUAGCAGAUCAUGCAUUAGCCGAUAUCUCAGGGAAGCACUCCACGUGUUUUUUGAUGCCACUCGAUCAUUCUGCUAUUCCAAGCAUUUCAACUUUACGUGAUGCACUCUCAUCCGUGAAGUCUGAGAUCCAUUCUGAAUAUGGCUGGCAAGAGUACUGGCAAUACCAUGCAGAACCGAUAGAUACCUCAAGUGCUGAGCAUAAGUUUACGGAUAAAAUCGGUGAUUGCAUUGGUGCUAAAUGGUACAUACUGAAGCACACAGUUUACACUCGAGAUUCAAUUUGCUCCAAUUGCUAUGAUUUCUGUUUGCCUGAUUAUGCAAUCCAACGGUUGCAUAAAUAUGAAGAUGACAUGACCAUUGGCAUCAGACGGCUGAACUGCUUGCGAUUAUACGUUCCGGAAUGGGCCAAGUAUCAGGUGAAAACGGAUAAUGAGGGAGGACGCUGGUUCUACCCACACCUUUUAUCUAACACCUCGUGA